ACUCUAAUAUUCAUAACCACUAUCACUCUAUCUCUAUCUCUCUCCUUAUAACCUCAAAUACCCCCCUCUGUCCACUCAAGAGACUUCUUUUGCUGCAGAUCAUCAUCAACUUCCAUGGCAUCUUCUGCCAUUUCCGUUGUGAAUUCUGCUGCAUCUCUCCAGGCUAACACCACCAGCAGAGGAUUCUCUGAGUUUGCUGGCCUCCGCACCUCAUCGUUCCCUGUUGGCCGGAAAUCCCAAGAGGAUUUGCUUUCUCUCAUCUCCUUCCAGACCUCCUCCGUUGGGGUUGGAAGAGUGGCAAAGAAGGGAGUUGUGGAGGCUAAGUUGAAGGUAGCCAUUAAUGGAUUCGGAAGGAUUGGACGCAACUUCUUGAGGUGUUGGCACGGCAGGGAGAACUCGCCGCUCGACGUCGUUGUCAUCAACGACACCGGCGGUGUGAAGCAGGCCUCCCACCUUCUCAAGUAUGACUCCACACUAGGCACUUUCGGUGCUGAUGUCAAGGCUGUCGGAGAUGACGCCAUAUCAGUCGACGGAAAGAUCAUCAAAGUCGUUUCCAGUCGUAACCCUCUCCUACUACCUUGGGGGGAUUAUGAAAUAGACCUGGUGAUCGAAGGGACGGGAGUGUUCGUGGACAGAGAUGGAGCCGGAAAACACAUCCAAGCCGGCGCUAAAAAGGUCCUCAUCACCGCCCCCGGCAAAGGUGACAUCCCUACCUACGUCGUUGGAGUCAAUGCCGAACUCUACAAUCACAGCGAGGAUAUCAUCAGCAACGCCUCCUGCACCACCAACUGCCUCGCCCCUUUCGUCAAAGUCCUCGACCAGAAAUUCGGCAUUAUCAAGGGAACAAUGACUACAACUCAUUCUUACACCGGAGAUCAGAGGUUGCUCGAUGCUAGCCACAGGGAUCUCAGGCGUGCUAGGGCUGCGGCGCUCAACAUCGUCCCUACUUCAACCGGAGCGGCGAAGGCGGUGUCACUGGUGCUUCCGUCGCUGAAAGGAAAGCUCAACGGAAUCGCACUGAGGGUUCCGACGCCAAAUGUGUCCGUUGUUGACUUGGUUGUGCAGGUUUCGAAGAAGACAUUCGCGGAGGAGGUGAACGCUGCUUUCAGAGAGAGCGCCAAUAACGAGCUCAAGGGAAUCCUGUCGGUGUGCGACGAGCCGUUGGUGUCAGUUGAUUUCCGAUGCUCUGACGUCUCAUCGACGGUUGAUUCGUCGUUGACAAUGGUGAUGGGAGAUGAUUUGGUGAAGGUUAUUGCAUGGUAUGAUAAUGAGUGGGGAUACUCGCAGAGGGUGGUUGAUCUCGCUGACAUCGUCGCUAACAACUGGAAGUGAGGAUGUACACAUUAUUAUUAUAGUCUAGCCGGAAUCCGAUGGCCGGCAGCAAUUGUGUCAUUAUGAGUGAGCAUCCAAAGAGGAGGAGGAGGAGCCUUUCUCUCAAUUCUUUUUCUUUUUCUUUUUGUCUAUCUGCAACGACCCAAGUUGACAAACAACCUUCAUAUAUCGCUCUCUCUUAUUUAUUACUCUCCAUCUCCACUCUCUCAUCUAUGUAUUCUAUCAUGUAACUCAAAUUGUAGAAAUAUUUCCAAUAAAUAUUCAAAAUUAUUGAAUUGUCAA